UGACAAGAUGCAGAGAUUCAAUCCUCGAGAUCAUCGCCGUCGCCUUUUGUCAACCUCAGCCGAGCCUUGAGGUACCAACAAUAUGUCUUUGUCACACCAUGUCAACGCAGAAGAUGUCAUCCGGCACCUCGCGGACACUCACAUCUCGGAAGCGCUGCGGGGUCCCAACCCUCACAAGGAGGCUCAGGAGCCGCAUCUGACUCCCUACAUGUCUCGCUAUACGAGCCAGAUUCUCAUCCCGAAGUAUACAAUUCCAGCGGAAGGCGCUCCUGCCGACUCAGUCUAUAGUAUGCUCAGCGAUGAGCUCGACCUCGAUGGGAGGCCGAACCUCAACCUCGCGAGCUUCGUCGGGACAUAUCUGGAAGACAAUGCCAAGCAGUUGAUGAUUGAGAACCUUUCCAAAAACCUGGCCGAUUCCGAUGAGUAUCCCGCCAUGGUGUCCAUUGCUGAGCGAUGUGUCAGCAUCCUCGCCCAUCUAUGGGGUGUUCAGGACGGGGAGAGGGCCAUUGGAUCCCCGACCACGGGAUCGUCCGAAGCCAUCCAGCUCGGGGGCCUCGCCAUGAAGCGCAGAUGGCAGGAGCGCCGGCAGGCCGAAGGGAAGGACACCCUCCGGCCAAAUAUCAUCAUGGGAGCCAAUGCUCAGGUUGCCUUGGAGAAGUUCGCCAGGUACUUUGAUGUCGAAGCUCGUAUUCUACCGGUCUCGGCCAAGAGCUCAUUCCGUCUCGAUCCCGAGCUGGUCCGCCGGAACAUCGACGAGAACACCAUAGGCGUGUUUGUGAUCAUGGGGAGCACGUACACGGGCCAUUAUGAACCUGUCGAGGAGAUCUCCAAGAUACUGGAUGAGUACGAGGAGAAGACUGGCAUUGAUAUCCCCAUCCACGUUGAUGGUGCCAGCGGGGGCUUCGUGGCCCCCUUUACUCAUGUCCAGGCAGGAGGGCCCAAAUGGGAUUUUAACCUUCCGCGGGUGAAGUCAAUCAAUACUUCUGGCCACAAAUACGGCCUUGUCUACGCCGGGAUCGGCUGGAUCAUCUGGCGAGAUGAGUCCUAUCUUCCCAAACACCUCGUCUUCGAGCUCCACUACCUCGGCGGCACCGAGAAGACCUACACGCUCAACUUCACUCGCCCCGGCGCCCACGUCCUGGUCCAGUACUAUAACCUCAUCCACCUCGGCUUUCAGGGCUACCGGCAGGUCAUGGAGAACUGCCUCGCCAACGCGCGCGUGCUCUCCAACAGCCUCGAGGCAACAGGCUGGUACCACUGCGUGUCCGACAUCCACCGCAAGGCCCCGGCCACGGCCCACACGAGGGCGCUAAAGGAGCGCGUCAAGGCGGCGGUAGCCUCUGCGACGGGCCCCAUCGCCGGCAGGGAGACCUCGGCCGAGUACGUGGCGGGGCUCCCCGUGGUGUCGUUCCGCUUCUCGGACGACUUCCGCCGAGAGUACCCGCGCCUCCGGCAGGAGACGGUGUCGCUGCUCCUGCGGGCUAGGCAGUGGAUCGUCCCCAACUACGCGCUGCCGCCCGCCGAGGACGGCACCGAGAUCCUGCGCGUCGUGGUCCGCGAGAACAUGAGCUUCGACCUCCUCGACCGCCUGAUCACCGACAUUGUGCGCGUGACGGAGACGCUCAUGGACGCCGGCGAGGUCGAUCUCUCGAUCCUGCCGAAGCAGAGGCAGCCGCGGCCGGGGAAGACGGGCGAGGCGGAGGACCGGAAGGAUGCGUCGGAUCGGAAGGGCAAGGGCCCGGACCUGGGCAAGGAGGUGAAGAGGAUGGCGGAUGGGAUACAUCGGUCGGUCUGUUAAUGUUAAUGUUAAAAGUGUACUGAGGAAAAUGGCUUGGGCUCUAGGAUUCAGGGGUUUCAGAUUCGAACGCCGGCUGCAAAAGUGACUUGAAUUGCUUGCUUUCUUUCUUGCUUUCUUCCUUGACUACCAAUAACGCCUAAGGGACCCUUAAAAUAUGCGCCCCAGAUAGCGUGACUUUAACUCGACUGUGCUUGCUGCCUGCAACCAGGCAGAAGAGUGGCGAGUCAGGUAUGAAUCCUCUCCAUUCCAAGUUCUGUCUGG